GCCGUCUUGUACUUGUGGCGCUGCACCCAACCGUGCUUGUCUGUGUGCCGAAUCGAUCUCUCUUGCCUGCUCGCUGCCGGAGCGAGGCCGGCUCUGCUUGUGCUGCCGGGAGUGGCUGCCGUGCGGAGUGCAUCCAUGGGGCGCGCGCCGUGCUGCGACAAGGCGAGCGUGAAGCGGGGGCCGUGGUCACCGGAGGAGGACGAGCAGCUGCGGACCUACAUCCAGAGGCACGGCAUCGGCGGCAACUGGAUCGCCCUGCCGCAGAAAGCAGGGCUGAACCGCUGCGGCAAGAGCUGCCGCCUCCGGUGGCUCAACUACCUGAGGCCCGACAUCAAGCAUGGGGGCUACACCGAGCAGGAGGACUACAUCAUUUGCUCACUCUAUAGCUCCAUCGGUAGCAGGUGGUCGAUCAUCGCGUCCAAGCUCCCCGGCCGGACCGACAACGACGUCAAGAACUACUGGAACACCAAGCUCAAGAAGAAGGCCAUGGCGGCCGCGGGUGCCAGCGGAGCCUUCGCCGCGCACGCGACGCCGCCGGCGCUCUCGCCCGCAGCGUCCGCCUCCUCGUCCAGCUCCAGCGGCGACGUACGCUUCGCCGUGUACAGGCAGCCACAGGCGCAACCCCCGGGGCUCAGACACUUCGACGCGCCGCCGUGCAAACCGCAGACCGAGCUCGCGCCCGUGCCGCCGACCACCGUCGCGCUGGAUGGCACCGGCGGCGUCUGGGCGUCCGCGCCGGCGAGUGAUGCCGUGGGGCUGGGCAACGUGUUCUUUCCCGAGCUCGGCGGCGGCAACCAGUUGUUCCCGUACGGCGAUUUCUUCGGUGGGCUGCAGGACAGGGCCUUGGAGCUCUCGGCGUGCUACUUCCCCAACAUGGCCGAGAUGUGGGGGGCUGCUGCUGCCUCCGAUCACGCCCACGCCAAGCCGCAGAGUCUCUGCAACCCCUUGACGUAGGAGAGCCCAGGGGACCCAGUUUCCUGGGAUUGUUGCGCGACGACAAUCGACUGCUCCAUUGAAUUCAUGCAAGAUUGCGAUAUAGUUUAGUUCUUGCUCUUCUUUCCUCUUCUCUCUCUUCUCUCCUCUUCUUUUUCUUCUUUUCUUCUAGUGGAUAUAGUUGGUGUUUUGUUGUGUAUUACAUGUAAAUUAGUAUCCUACAGAUGCGAAUUAUCCUUGCUCGAUUUU